AUGGAUGCGAGUCGGGACGAACCCAAAGCCCACCCUGCUAAUCUCAAGUCGAAAAGAAGAGAUCCCAACAAACCAUUUUAUCCACGAAAAUCUACGAGCAAUACGGAUAGAAGACGCAUUGUGAAAGCAUAUUUGAAUGGUUCCAUGGUGAAAACCAUUAGCGACAUGCUCGGCAUUAAACUAAGCACGGUAUAUGGUAUCGUGAAGCAGUAUAGGAAAACAGGACAAGUCGCAGCUUCUGAGCGAGGUGGCAACCAUAAAAAAUUAUUAUCUAACGAUGCGGUCAAAAGUAUUCGAAAUUGGCUGGAAGAAGAUGAUACCCUAUCCCUGCAGCAAUUGACCGAUAAAGUGUGGGAUCAGUACCACGUACGCGUAAGUAAGACGACAGUUGCGCGUGAGGUUAAAGCACUGAGAGCCACAUUGAAACGUCGGAAGCUUAUUCAGGAAGCAGCAAAAUGGAAGGAUUUUGAAACUACUGACGCAAUUGAAGCCUCACAGAGUGCCGAAGAUUCUGUUGCAACAAACGAAUAUGCAGUGUUUUUCAAAGAGGAGUACCUCAGUUCCAGCGACGUUGAUGAGCAAUGUUCAGAUGGUAUCGACAUUGGAGAAACCGUGCUUACGCACACCAGUGGCUGGGAGCAAAUAGUCGAACCUCUUAAAUCUGAAGACGAUUUAGCAGCUGUAAAUAACAUAAACGAAUCAUAUUCAAGCGAGCACGAACCAUUGCUGGAAAAGGGCAUAAGCGCAGAAGAGCUCUUGAAUCCAAUUGUCGCUAAUCAACAUAAUGACAACCACAUCGCCACUUAUUUAUCAAGCAAGCAUCAGCCAACCGCCAAUGAAUCGCACCUUCAAGUCUCUACUAAAACCACAGAAACAUGCACUUUUGCCAUGCAAAUGAUAGAUGAACCACAAAUAAUGAAAACAGUAACCGUGUCCAUGCCUAAGACUCCAUCGGCAACUGUGGACUCGUUCGAAAGUCCAGUAAAAAUAGUAAAUGUACCAGAUACAUGCACACACUGCACUUGUUUCCACCAACUUGUAGCCGAUCAAAAGAAGAUUUUUGCCAUAUUUUCCACCUUCGAACAAAACAUUGUUGACGGAAUCCAGCAGGUGAAAGAAACUUUGAUGAACAAGCUCAAAGAUAUUGAGCAGAGUGUGAAAGAUAGCAAACAGUGA